UAAACUAAGAAAUGGAGGGUCUACCGCAGCCGAUCCGUGAUCCCCAGAAUAUCCACAAAAAGAUUUUUAUCAACAACGAGUUUGUGGAUUCUGUUAGUGGCAAAAGUUUCCCUAUCAUCAAUCCAACAACAGGCAAAAAGUUUUGUGAUGUGGCCGAAGGCGAUAAGGAGGAUAUUGACAAGGCUGUUGCUGCAGCCAAGGAAGCCUUUAAGUUAGGGUCAACAUGGAGACGAAUGGAUGCCAGUCAGAGAGGAAGACUCCUGUUCAAAUUGGCGGACCUGCUCGAGAGAGACGCUCGAUUGAUUGCGAGCAUGAUCACACUGGAGAUGGGAAAAACUUUUUUACUUGCUUAUUUCGAAACACUCUGGGGCGCAGGGGCUCUUCGAUAUUUUGCGGGAUUCGCAGACAAACUUGGCGGCAAAACUAUUCCUAUUGAUGGAGAUUACUUCUGCUUCACUCGACAUGAACCUGUCGGUGUUUGCGGGCAGAUCAUUCCGUGGAAUUACCCUGCGGUCAUGUUCGUGUGGAAAAUAGCUCCGGCUUUAGCAUGUGGAUGUACAACGGUCAUUAAACCCGCAGAACAAACUCCUCUCUCAGCACUUCACAUAGCCACAUUGUGUAAAGAGGUAGGAAUACCCUCCGGUGUGGUCAACGUUGUGCCUGGUUACGGCCCCACGGCAGGAGCGGCUCUGACGUCACACCCAGAUGUGGACAAAGUAGCUUUCACUGGAUCCACCGAGGUUGGUCAGAUUAUUCUUCAAGCAAGUGGAGUGAAUAACAUAAAACGAACCACAUUAGAGCUUGGUGGGAAAAGUCCAAUCGUUGUCAUGGAUGACGCUAAUGUUGAUGAAGCUGCAACUUUUGCUCACAAUGGUGUGAUGAUGAAUGCAGGACAGUGUUGCUAUGCUGGUAGUAGAACAUUCGUUCACGAGAAGAUUUACGAUCAGUUUAUUGCUAAGACUCGUGAACUGGCAGAGAAAAGACUGGAGUUAACAGGGGAUCCUUUUGAUCCAAGAACAACACACGGCCCACAGGUAGAUGAGACGCAGUACAAGAAAAUAUUAGAGUUGAUUGACUCCGGUAAGAAAGAGGGCGCUAAGGUAGAGAGUGGUGGCGCUGCAUUAGAAAGGGAGGGAUUCUUCAUUAAACCGACUGUAUUCUCUGGAGUGACAGACAAUAUGAGAAUUGCCAAAGAAGAGAUUUUUGGCCCGGUUCAGCAGAUUUUUAAGUUCAAAACUCUUGAUGAAGUUAUAAAACGAGCAAACUCGACUGAAUACGGACUGGCCGCUGCCAUUUUUACGACAAAUGUCGACAAUGCCAUGAUGUUUACUCAAGGUGUUCGCGCUGGAACCAUAUGGGUGAAUAAUUAUGAAACAUUAAGUGCACAGGCGCCAUUUGGAGGAUUUAAAAUGUCGGGUAUUGGCCGAGAGCUUGGUGAGUACGGCUUGUCGGCGUACCAAGAGGUCAAGUCGGUCAUUAUGAAAAUUCCCCAGAAAAAUUCGUAAAGUUUGACGACGUCUUACUUGCACUCUGGAUAUCACUA